AUUCCUGUGGGCGGAGAAGAGAUUCCGGUUCCGGGUGUUUUCAUAUUCCUGUUGGGGGCUUUCAGACCUUUGAUUAUGAUAUUUUAUCUGAAACUUCUCUCGACUGACGACUGAUUAAAGUAGGGUUCUUUUCAUUAAGAAAGUCUCACUCAAACCAUAAACAUGACGACCCGCUCGGAGAGAGAGAAGGCCCAGAAACUUAACGAGCAGCACCAGGCCAUCCUGUCCAAAAUGCUGAGGGAGGAAGACAACAAGUACUGCGCCGACUGCGAGGCGAAAGGUCCAAGAUGGGCAUCCUGGAAUUUGGGAGUUUUUAUCUGCAUCCGGUGUGCAGGCAUCCACAGGAACCUGGGAGUACACAUAUCCAGAGUUAAAUCAGUCAACCUGGACCAAUGGACCUCAGAACAAAUCCAGAGCAUACAGGAGAUGGGUAACACCAAGGCCAGGCAGCUUUAUGAGGCCAACCUUCCAGACAGCUUCAGAAGACCUCAGACAGACCAAGCAGUUGAAUUCUUCAUCAGGGAUAAAUAUGAGAGGAAGAAAUACUAUAGCAAGAAUGUGAUCAAUGGGAGCAGUCCAAAAGAUAGUAAGAAAGAGAAAGAGUCUGACAGAGGGAGCAAGGCAUCUGCUUACACCAGGAGUGAAGAGUCCAGGCCAGUUCCAAAAAUCAGCCCUGUUAAGACUUCAGAGCCGUCUGUGAACCUACUAGGCCUUGACGUACCAGCUGCUGCAUCGACUAACAAUGGUAGCACGAGCACAAACCAGAACAGUGACCUGGAUAUAUUUGGCCCCAUGGUAUCAAACCCCCUUCCCUCAUCCUCAUCCACAUCCACAGCUCAGUUUUCUCAGGUGAGCUCAAGUAACUCGGCUAGCACUCCCACACAACCUCCAGCAGCUGGAGUGGUAGGAGGCGGAGCCAGCUCAGGGUCAGGACAGGGAGACCUUGACCUGUUCAGUGACAGCAACAGCACUGCAAAAACUGAGGAUGCCGCUAAGAAGCCUCUGUCCAAGGACUCAAUUCUGUCCCUGUAUGGAACCAACAGCAUGUCCCAGCAAGCCGCUGGCUUGUUCAUGGGCCCCUCCCAGAUGCAGUUUCCUGUCCAGGCUGCUGCUGCUGGCUAUCAGGGCUUCCCUGGCAUGGGCACAGCCAUGCCACCCACUACCGUCAUGGGUGCUAUGAUGGCUCAGAGUGGAGGAGCCAUGAUGGGACACAGUCCAGGCAUGAUGGUUGGAAUGUCGAUGUCAAAUGGUUUCAUGGGGAAUGCGCCUGCCACUGGUAUGAUGGGCAUGGCCCCCAGGAUGAUGGGACCACAAGGUGGUGCCAUGCCUACAGGUAUGGUGCCUGCUCAGGGCAUGUACGCCAUCCAACCAGGGCAGCAGCCUCAAUGGAACAUGGGUCAGGUGAACCAGCAGAUGUCAGGGUUGACUCUGAAUGGUGCAGGAGGUCAGAUGGCCUUCGGUCAGCCUUCAUCAGCCAUGGGUGGAUGGGCUGCAACGGGAUCUGGCCAGACUCUGAGCACACAGCUGUGGAAGUGAGCCUUGGAGAAGGUCGAUGGUCGGGCAGCGUAAGAGUCGAUGUGGCCGAAAGUGCAAAAUCUAACUUGUACUUCUCUGCAUAUUACUAUGAACUGAUGCCCACAGUCAUCACGGACCAGCCUUCAGAACAUUACAAUUGUAUCUCUCUCUUUCUCCUUCUCCCUUUCUGUCUCUCUUUCUCUCUAUUGUGUGAGUGAAUUGGGAGUACCACAGGAUUACAGCCUGGCAGUUUCUGCCUGUCGUACAGUUUUUGAUCAUAACUUUUAUUUUCCUUUUUUGGAAAAAAAAAAAGACAAGGAAGUUACAGUCCCAACAUCGACAUAUCAGGAAAGCUGCAGGACCAGUUACACAA